UGCCUUUGCCUUGAUCAUAAUUUAAAAUAUACAGAGUUUUAUAUUAAAUGCAUACAAUUUCUGACGUGUAUUAUAGUCCUCUUUCAGUUGCUGUGGGUUUCAGUUAUAGAGAGAUGGAAGAGAUGCGGAAGGUAACUAAUGGUGGAGAAAGCCAAAGUGAAGAUGCAUCCAGAGUUUUUCCCUGCCUAUUCUGUUCAAGAAAGUUUCACAGUUCUCAAGCUCUAGGAGGACACCAAAAUGCUCACAAAAAAGAAAGAACAGCUGCAAGGAAAGCCAAGAGGGUUUCUGUGUACUCAAGUGUUUGCUUCCCUUCCCCAUUGCCAGCCCCUAUGAUUUUUGCACCAACCCAUCUAGACAUUUUAAAUACUUCAAUGAUCAUCACUGCCCAUGCAGCAGAACUCUCCUAUCUCCAAAACCAUCAAAUUUCCAAACAAUUUGGAUCAAAUGGCGCACCUAGACUUGGCAACACACUGUUUUAUGGGGGAACUAAGAGGUUACAUGGUGAUGGAAAGAACUACAAUGUCAGUUGGGGGGACACAUCUCAAUCCAAAUUAUUUAUAAGUAACGAUCAAGAUCUUGGAAUUUGGAAUAAUGGUACCGAGAAGAAACAAAAGCUUGAUUUAUCUCUCCAUUUGUAGGCAAUGCAUGGAUUAGGAAUGAGAAGAUGCACUUUUCUGAGAGCUAAUGAAUUGCGGGACUAGUUUUUAUGGCUAAUUGUGUUAG